AUGUCUCAAUCAUCUCACAAAUUAUCAGUGCUUCCACAUCUAAUAAAAUGGAUACCAAAGAACCCAACAGCCGUCAAGAAGGUAAUUUCCUUUGAUCUCGAUCACACAAUUAUAAAGCCUGUUCAAGGAAGGUUUAGCAGAACGUCUGAUGACUGGCUAUUCAUGAAAUAUGGAGAAAUAGAUACCUUAGAAAAACUGUCCAAUUAUUUGAACGCUUCCCCCGACUUGCAUUUCGUACUUUUCUCUAACCAAGGUGGAGUUGUUAGCGAACCAAAGACUACAAAGAGUUGCAUAAAACAUGUAGAUAAAAUUAAUAAGAUACUGAAACACAUAUCGGAUAUUGAUUCUAAUCUUUGUGACCGAAUUUGGAUAUAUUGUGCUACUAAGAAGCCAGCAUCAUUGUUUGGUAAGACAAAGUCAACAAAAUCAUCGAAUAAAGUAAACAAGAUAACGAAGAACAAUACCGAUACAGCGACAAAACAGAAAAUAAUUGACGGGAGAAUCAUAACCCCCGAAUUGUUUGAUAUUAUGAGGAAACCAAAUCGUGGAAUGUUCGACGAGUUCAUUAAAGAUGCUGGAGAUGGCGCUGAUUCCAUCAGCGUGUCAUUUUAUUGCGGUGACGCAGCUGGUAGGCCCAACGACUUUAGUGACAGUGAUAAGGCAUUUGCAGACACCAUUGGUGUACCUUUCAAGUUACCAGAGGAAUUCUUUAGGUAG